UGUUUUGACUUUUUGACUAAGUUAGGUUCUACAGUCUACAGAUUCGGUUGGCUGUUGUAUUAGAUAAGACUAUUAUUUUUAGUCAUGGUUCUGUUUAAGUAUGGUUGCGCUAUAAUGAGCGUUUUACGAGCGGUUCCCAAUCGAACAUUGAAACACAGUGCCACACUUUUCAAAUCAGAGGACAGAAAAAGCAUGCUUGCUUCUUUGCCUGCCCAAGACGAGGGAACUGUUGGUGAACGCCUAAUGGGGAUGGACGCUCUUAUUUCUAGACAAAAUCGUUUCCCGGAUGCCGAUACGCCUACCACUCUUUUUAAUGGUGUGCCGUUCAGUGAAAUUCCCAUCUGUAAUAUUCGUGUUUCGCCAAACAACACAAUAAUUACCAUUUGUGACGCUAAAGGAACUCCGCAAUUUAUUAGGUCAUGCGGAAUCGAAGGCUUCAAAAACACUCGCAAGGGCACUAAUAUCGCCGCACAAGCCACUGCAAUUAGUAUUUGCGCGAAAGCCAUUGAAAGGGGAUAUAAAACUGUUCGGGUAACAAUCCGUGGGCUUGGACCAGGACGAAUGUCCGCUAUAAAAGGCGUAGAAAUGUCUGGAAUGAAUAUUGUAUCUAUUACUGAUGCAACUCGCGUAUCUUGGAAUCCACCGAGGCCACGAAAACAACGGAAACUUUAAAAGUAUACAUUGAACUGUUGUUAGUAUCUAAUUCUAGAAGAAAAAAACGAGAAUGUUUUAUUCUGGCUUACAGAAAUAAAAGACAUCUA